UCCGACUUGCUGACUGGUUGAAAUCGGCACGUGUACAUAAGUACAACCAAUACUUGCAUAUUCGGAAAUUUCAGUGUUUCCUAGUUACGACUAUCACGUGAACGCGGCAACGGGAGCAGAAACACACAUGUGUUGUAGCGGUUCUUAUUAUACCUCCGCGGUCGUAGCUGGACAAACAUUUAUACAAACGAAUUGAAUCCACAUAGCAUUGAAGAAGAGGCGCCACCUACAUCAUGAAUGAUUUUGGAAGCUACCCUCCGCCGAACUUUGUCUCGCCUCCUCCGGGUUCGAUGGUGAGUCCGCCAACGUUCCUUCCACCCCCGAGCAACUUCCAGCCCGAUAUGUGGAACUGGUACGAGCCACCGUCCGAGCCGUGGAGAUACAACGGCCAGGGAGAACACUGGAACUGCGGCCCCGGACCAGGUCGACCCAGAGGCUCAUAUGGCCAGAACUUCCAUCGUGGAGGCGGAAGGCAGGACUAUGGUCGUCCCAACAACCAUGGGAAAAAGCAGAAAAAUAAAAAAGAACCAGAGUUUUCACAUUUCUGUGACCCGUGUGACCGAGGCUUCAAAAACCAAGACAAGUAUGACCAACAUGUCUCUGAACAUGUCAAGUGCUCAGUUGAAGACUGCAGCUUCACUGCUCAUGAGAAGCUGGUCAACAUUCACUGGAAAAAUAACCAUGCCCCAGGGGCAAAGAGAAUCAAGCUGGACACUCCAGAGGAGAUUUCUAAAUGGAGAGAGGAGAGGCGCAGGAACUACCCGACCCUGGUGAACGUGGAGAAGAGGAGGAAGGUGAUGGAUGCCAGGGAGGAGACUGGAGCGGUGCUGGAAACCGCUCAGUUUGGGAGGAUGAGGGGUAGGGGUUGUGGACAGCGUGGUGGAAGGUUCCAGAGGGGCAGAUGGGCCAGACCAGGUCCUCGUCAGUCAGAGAGACCGCCACACCCCACUCAACCCCCCAUGGAGAGGCCUCCACCCCUCACUCAGUACCCCAGGGAGGGAGACCCACUGGGGGCUCUUGCCAACAGCGACCCAGACUCUGAUACAGAGGAGCCAGUCAGUGGAGGUGGGGUGACUGUGGCCCCUAAACAAAUGACAUCAGGGCUGGGAUCUCUGAUGGCCAGCUACGGCUCCAUGACCGAGAGCGACAGUGACCAGGAACCACAAGUCCUGCCCAUCCAGAGGACCAGUCAGCUGCUGAAGGAGAACCAGGCAAUGCUGAAGGCUCUGUCAGCCAAGCCCCAGAACAGUGCUUCAUCUGGGGCUAAGAGACUCUACCCUGAGCCCCCCCGGGAACCACAGCCUGGGUCUGGUCCUCAUAGACCUAGUCGGGGGAGAGGAAGAGGAGCGAGAGGAGGACGAAACAACAUGGACACCCCCCAACAGCGCCGCGCCACUCUGCUUGAGAUGUUACUGGCCCCAGACAUCCGCCAUGAGAGGAACGUGCUCCUGCAGUGUGUUCGCUACAUUGUCCGAAACAACUUCUUUGUACUGGAGGGUCAAACUCAGGACCAGGAGGGAACUCUGGGUAGCACGGUGACCAGAGAUGACCCUAACCUUGACCUCCAGACACAGGAAGUGAGAGCAGAUGAUCUGAGGGCUCUACUCCCAGCUACCUCUGUGGUUGGUCCAGAUGAAAAAGGUGACCAGGUGAGGUCAUCACUAGAAGGUACCCAGAAACCACCAGUCUGCCAGGGACCUUCAGAGGUGGACAUUUUGAAUGGUGAAGAUGUUCAUCCUGAGGAGAUGCCAGGUGCAGCCUCUAACCCUGAUGUCAUAACUCAGCUGAACUCUAACCCUGAUGUCCUGGGGACUGUGGCUGAGCAGUCUGUAGCCCAACAAGUGGGAGAAGACCAGAGCAUGGAAGAGAACACACAGAGUGGACCAGCCGGCUCACAGUCACAUCCCCUCCAGGAAACCCCAAUGGACUUGGCUGUGAAGGCUAAUUAUGGAGAUGGUCACCCUGAAGACCACUCCCAGACCUCCAUCCCCAACUAUGAUGAUGAAGUCUGGGAGACCCAAGACCCCUGAAGUCACCCUGACCCUUCAAUCAAGACUAUCACCCUUCAAUCAAGACUGCCACCCUAACCUUUAAAUCAAGACUGCCACCCUAACCUUUAAAUCAAGACUGCCACCCUAACCUUUAAAUCAAGACUGCCACCCUAACCUUUAAAUCAAGACUGCCACCCUAACCUUUAAAUCAAGACUGCCACCCUAACCUUUAAAUCAAGACUGCCACCCUAACCUUUAAAUCAAGACUGCCACCCUAACCUUUAAAUCAAGACUGCCACCCUAACCUUUAAAUCAAGACUGCCACCCUAACCUUUAAAUCAAGACUGCCACCCUAACCUUUAAAUCAAGACUGCCACCCUAACCUUUAAAUCAAGACUGCCACCCUAACCUUUAAAUCAAGACUGUCACCCUAACCUUUAAAUCAAGACUGUCACCCUUCAAUCAAGACUGUCACCCUAACCUUUAAAUCAAGACUGUCACCCUAAAAGCAGAUUUAUUCUUGAUCCAGAAAUGUGGUCCGGAGGCUCCGUACAAUUGCGUAGCCUCCGGAGGCUUGCAGAGGCCAACUCAAGCUCCGCAUUGCCGUGCACCUCCAAAUUUUGUAACCAUGCAGAGCUCUGUAUAGCUCCGUUUUUGACAUAAUUGGAUGACUGUAGUUGGGGGCGGGACUUCCUGUAUAAACACAAAAUUCCUUCCUUCACAACAGCUCUGAAGUAUGAAUGCCCUGACUUCUGUAGAGGCCGUAUCGCAGUAAAUGCUGUACGGCCAUAUCGGAUUGGCCAUGCAGAGCCUUUAACCCUUAAAUCAAGACAGUCCCCUUGACCUUUCACCUUGUCUCUGAUGUUGGCGAGUUAUUUCCCUACAGUCAUUUAUGUUUUCAUCUAAACAUCAACUACCUCUGGCAUUUUAUUUGUACUCUUCUUUUUUCAACAUGGAAAUAAAUGACUUGUUCUACUGUGGGAAUAUAACCCAGGAAAUCGAUAGUUCUUGGACCAUCUUUGUCCUUUUUCAAAUCAAAUGUAUUUGUCACAUGCUCGUGUUUAGCAGAUGUUAUUGCGGGUGUAGCGAAAUGCAUGUAAGCUAUGUAUCAGUCUUAUGGCAUGUGGAUGGAAGCUGUUCAGGAGCCUGUUGGUGUCAGACUUGAUACAACGGUACCACUUGCCCCGCGGAAGCAGAGACAAGUCUAUGGCUUAGGUGGUUAUAACGGUUCUGGAUGGAGGGAGCUAGGCCCCAGUGAUGUACUGGGCUGUCCUCACCACUCUCUGAUAUAGAGAUUCUGGAUGGCAGGGAGCUGGGCCCCAGUGAUGUACUGGGCUGUCCUCACCACUCUCUGAUAUAGAGAUUCUGGAUGGCAGGGAGCUGGGCCUUUGUUAACAACUACUUUUGGGACCUUGUUAACAUUACAACAUGAAAUCCGUGUCUUAAACGUUGCUACGUUUUGUAAAUAGCGAAGAAAACAUGUAAUCUGCUUGACCAUAUUAAAGUUACUUAUCUCACAGA